AUGUAUAAGAAGUGGUAUAAGAAUGGUAUUCCAAGUCCUUUGAGAAGUAAAAUGUGGGUGGCUUCUCUAGGAAAUGAGUUACAAAUUACUCCUGGUCUAUAUGAAAUUCUGAAAGAUAAGACAAAUCAACCUUCAACUAUGGAAAGACAAUGUUCAAGUAUUGAUCUAAUUUCUGUGGAUUUAUCAAGAACUUUCCCUGCUCUCCAAUUUUUCCAAUAUCCUGAUGGUCCAUACUAUCAACCAUUUAAAACAAUUUUGGAAUGUUAUUCAAAGUUUAGACCAGAUAUUGGCUACGUACAAGGAAUGAGUUAUAUGGUAGCAACAUUAUUACUUUAUAUGGAUGAAUAUGAUGCAUUUGUUUGUUUUUGUAACUUGUUACAUAGAUCAAAAUGUAAUUCUAACCCUCUAGCUAUGAGUUUAGUUGGAACACCAGCAGGAUCUGCUUCAUCUUCUGCCACUACAUCUUCUGCUUCUGCUGCAUCAGUGGUGUCUUCAAUUUUGUUUGGACCAAAGAAGAGAACUGCAGAAUUCACUUCCAAUUAUCAUACACUCUAUACCAGCAAUCAUUUCAUUCCAUUUUUUACUAUGAACACUGAUUAUAUUGAUAAGAAUGUGAAAUUUGUACGAAUACUAUUAAGAGAACAUCACGCACAACUUUACAAGCACUUGGUUGUGGAUUUGGGAGUUGAAUUCGCAGUAAUUAUAAUAGACUGGUUCCUUACAUUGUUUAGUAAAUCUCUUCCACUUGAUGUGGUUGCAAGAAUUUGGGAUGGUUAUCUAGUUCAUGGUAGACUUUACAUGUAUUCUUGCACAAUGGGAAUAUUGAUCUAUUACCAAAAGGAAUUACUUUCUGCUGACUAUGAACGAGUUAUGUAUUUCUUAACUCAUUUAUCUACAGCCACCAAUCAAUUCGAAACAUUGGAUGUGGAAGAAAUGUUUUCAAUUAUAAAUACAGAUUGUAGAUUAAGUGAGAGACGUAUCAAUAAGUAUAUUAGAAUGAUGGAAAAAUAAACAGUUCCAUCAUUUCUGGAACAAUUUUGUG